AGGAAGAUGGCGGCUGCCCCGCUCUACUGUGUCUGCCGGCAGCCCUAUGAUGUUAACCGGUUUAUGAUCGAAUGCGACAUUUGUAAAGACUGGUUCCACGGCAGUUGUGUUCAUGUAGUGGAGCACCAUGCUGCUGAUAUCGAUGUUUAUCACUGUCCCAACUGUGAGCCCAUCCAUGGACCCUCUAUGAUGAAAAAGCGCAACAACUGGCACAGGCAUGACUACACUGAGCCAAAUGAUGGCACACGCCCCGUUCAGGCAGGAACUGCUGUGUUUGUACAGCAACUCCAGGCCAGGAGCUUUGCCAGUGGCCAUGAGAUUCUGGUGCCAAUGCAGGGGAGCCAGGUGACCCAGCGCUACCUGGAGAGGGAGGGCUUCCAUUACCCCAUAGCGGUCCAUGACCUGGAUGGACUGGGUCUUAAACUGCCCCCUCUGUCGUUCUCUGUCAGCGAUGUGGAGCAUUAUGUGGGUGCAAAUAAAGUCAUUGAUGUGAUUGAUGUCGCAAGACAGGCAGACAGCAAGCUCAAGCUGGGAGAGUUCGUGAAAUAUUACUACCAACCUGAACGACCAAAAGUGUUGAAUCUCAUCAGCCUGGAGUUCUCUGAUACAAGGAUGGGCAAUUUGGUGGAGGUUCCUGAAAUUGUGCGGAAGAUGUCCUGGGUGGAGAACUACUGGCCUGAUGACUCGUUCUUCCCCAAACCUUUUGUGCAGAAGUAUUGCCUCAUGGGAAUGAAAAACAGUUACACAGACUUCCACAUCGAUUUUGGAGGAACUUCAGUGUGGUAUCAUGUUCUCUGGGGGGAGAAGAUUUUCUACUUGAUCAAGCCGACCAAGGCUAACCUUGCACUAUAUGAGUCCUGGAGCUCAUCACCCAAUCAGAGCGAAGUAUUCUUUGGCGAUAAAGUCGACAAGUGUUACAAAUGUGUGGUGAAGCAGGGAACAACCAUCUUCCUCCCCACUGGUUGGAUCCAUGCAGUGCUCACUUCUCAGGACUCCAUGGCCUUUGGUGGGAACUUCUUGCAUAACUUAAACAUAUGCAUGCAGCUCAGGUGUUAUGAGAUGGAACGCAGACUGAAGACUCCAGAUCUCUUUAAGUUCCCAUACUUUGAGGCCAUCUGCUGGUAUGUGGCCAAAAACCUUCUGGAGACCCUUAAAGAGUUGCGGGAGGAUAAAUGUCAAGCUCAGGGUUAUCUAGUGGACGGAGUGAAAGCUUUAAUCUCAUCACUGAAGACAUGGCUGAGGCGGGAGUUGACUCAACCCAACAGUGAGGUUCCAGACCAUAUCAGCCCAAGCCGUCUCAUUAAAGAUCUGACCAAGGAGAUCCGCUACCUGGAGGAUGAAUCGAAUAAAGCUGGAAAAUCUCAGGGAAGUGCUGAGUGCUCUUUAUCACGCACAACACUGGAGAAGGAAUAUCAGGCACAGCGGGCCGUUCGUCAUCUUCACCACCAUCAUCAUCAUCAUCAUCAUCAUCAUCACAGCCACAAACUGCCCUCUAACUUGGAUGUCCUGGAGCUUCACACGCUGGAGGUAUUAAAGAGACUGGAGGUCGGGCCUCUUGAGGAGGACCCAGCCUUCAGCUCCAAAGUGAAUGGCAAGCUCAAGAAAGUGUCUUCAGUGUCUGCAGUAGCUGUUGAGGGCAGUAAUGACAACGCCCUGCGCCUGGUGCUAUGUAACGGCAAAAUUAUGCGCGAGAGGUUAGCGAUCAGUAAUGUGGCAGCCAAAGUCAGUGGAGUGGAAAUGUUGCAGUACCAUCAACACGGGAUCAAAUGGGAAAGAAUGUCGAUGUGCCAACAAGAAAAAGUGAAAAAAGAAAAGCGAGAGGAUGAAUUAAGAGUGCACUGCACUAUCCAGAAACCAGUCAAUCACGGUCUAACUGUGCAGACAGAACUCAGGACAGAGUCGCCACAUGUAACGUCUUCAGACAGCGACUCGGAGUCAGAAGCAGAAGAUUCUGCUGAGAAACACUCUGAGUCAGAGAGUUCUGAGGAAGAGGAUGGAGGAAGCAAGAGAGACUCGGGGAGUUUUGUGGAGCAUCUGAGCGGCCGGCAGCACGGCCACCAUAAGCAAGUGCUAAAACGAGAACGCCCUACCUCACCGAGCACAGAUGAUGCCAUUCAGGGCAUGCUGUCUAUGGCGGGGCUGCUGUGUCAGCGGGCGUCAGCAGGGGGCGAUAUUUUACAGCAGCACUGGUGGUCCAGUCAGGUUAACAGUAACAGCAGCAGCAGUGACUUGUGGGACAGCAGUGAACCCUGCUCGGCAGCCCGCAGCCCGGAGGGAGAGGAUGGGAGUCUCGGAGAGGAGUAUUCAUAUAGAGAGAGCUCACUUUCUCCUCCCCUCCACCCCUCCAAAAGACACGCCCCCAACACCACACCCAUCAGCAACCAGGCCACUAAAGGAAAGCGUCCUAAGAAAGGACAGGUGACGGCUAAACAGAGGCUUGGGAAGAUAUUGAAAAUGAGCCACCAUAAAGGCUUAUUCCUGUAGCAUGACGGAGGAAAGAACGAGACAUGUAAUAAAUCAACACAGCUGCUUUUCUUAAUACGCUGGGACUAUUAGCACACACACAGAGUUCUCUUACUCACUGUGCAUGUUUAGGUGACAGGGUAUGUUUAAUGGCUCACUUUAUUUUCACCAAUCACACAAAAUACAACACGCUAUCCAUCAGCACAGGGAAACUGCUUUACUUUGGACAGCAUUUCAACAUUAACAGCCAAGAGUUUCAAGAGGAAGCACAGAAACGGAUAGUCGGAGGUCCAGAGAGCAGUGUGUGUUCCUACAGCCAGGAAAACGAGCCGCAAGUGUGUAUCCGCGGGCUGAGGCCUCUCCUCUCCCCUCCCUACCUCUUACCGCAUCUGUAGCAUGAGUGUCCUGGAGCUCGCAGGCUAAGGACGUCUUCCUAGCCCUCUACAGCCCGACAUUGGUCUUCGGAUUCCCCUCAAGUCAUUAUCAAUCUGCCUAUCUCUCUCCUUUGAUUGUCUCAGGCUGAUGUAUGAGCUUUUGAAAUAGUGCUGAAUCCUUCUCCAGUCCCCUCUGCCCCUUUAAGCAAUAAUUGUACAGCAGUGAGUGAUGUAUUGAUGAUUUAGUGGGCCGCACUUUUAGGAUGCGCAGGAAGUCUUCUCAUAGUGGAAAGUAUUGUACAACCAUCAAAAAGUGGCAAAGAUAUAACAUGAUUUUCCUUGAUUUGACUGUUUAUUCUCCGGCGGACUUAAAUAGGCGAUUUAAAGGAAUAUUCUGAGGUAAUUUUUGUAUACCGUUCCAAGUUCUGCUGAGGAAGAUAAAUUGGAGUCGUACCUUGUUUUGUAAAAACAAAACGUUUAAUUUAAAAAGUUUAGUAGGCCUUGUCAACCUUUUUGGUUUAUUUUUAUUAUUAUUAUUAUUUUUUAACUAUAUAUCUUCCAAAAGCUAGUGAAAUAUUGGAAAAAAACUGAGGAAAAUGCGGUGCCUCACGUUACUUUGCCUUUGUCACAACCCAGUGGCCACAGAGAGGUACUGCAUCCUGGAGCGCCGCCUCUGAAAUACUGUUUGUGAUGUAGUUUGCAAGGACUAAAUAUGCUUGGCACGUGAUUGACAAUGAUCUUUCGCGCAUUCUGCAUAAUUUAUGUUCUAUUUUGUUUGUUUUGGAAAUUUUUUUGUUGUUGACUGGAUAACUUAUUUAUUAAUUUCAAAGAUAUAAGGAUUUGCAUAGAGUUUACCGUUUUUCCUUUGCAUUGAAUAGUUUUGUAAAUAGGGGUAUAAUUUUGAAUGUUGCCAAUUCAAGAGGAAUGAGCUUUUGUUUAGGUUCAGCUUUAUGGAUUUUGUAGUUAACAUUUAAUGCUACUUAAAAGAAAUUUGAAUGACUUUUCCUGUUCAAUUUACCUCUAAAAUGUUUAGCGAGUUUGUUUGAAUAAUGUUGCUUUAUGUUGACUUUAUGACCUGUUGAAAAGGGACAAAAGAAUUUCAGUGGGAACAACGACAAAGUGGUGCUUGUGUGUGAAUUUCUUAGAGAGGCUAUGAAACGUUUUCUCAGGGAACAUCAAACAGGUGACAUCUUUGAAUUCAUCACCAGCACUGUCAUACAAUCAAGUUUUAUACUCGUUUGCCAACAGAUGUAUAUAUUCCCAAUUGUUUUACUUGAUUCUUUUUUUGUCUGGUGGACGUAAAGCCCAGAUUCAGAACAAAACUGUGUCCCGCUCUGAAGUAUAUUACAUAGUUUGUUGGACUUUGUGCAUAGAGCAGCACCAACAGAUUAUGAUCAGCUAUUCUCGACUGUUGUGUAAGAGGUCUGUUGGUUUAAAAAGCGAAUGCACUAUUUUGGAUGACUCGAGUUGGAAAACUGCGAAAACUCAGGCUUUGUUACGGUUUUGAGUUUUGCUCUUACGCAUGUGUUUUAUGAAA